AUGACAGUGACAAACACGCUCCAAUUCGAGCUCCUUGAUCAGUCUUUGAACUGCCCCGCCGGGAGCCAAAGAGAAUGGUGGCACAGAACAGGCCCCUUGCUGGCCAGCUUGAUGAACUCCGCGGGUUACACGGACCAGUCCCAAUGCCAGUAUCUAAAGCUCUUUUACGAAUUCAUCGUCCCUUACCUAGGACCAUACCCCCAGAAAUUCCGCAGCGCCAUGACCCACAAUGAACUCCCUCUAGAACUCAGCACCAACUUCCAACAGCUAGGAAACGCCAGACCAGUUGUCCGAGUAGCCGUGGAACCCAUCACCUCUCUUUCCGGGACAAAGGAGGACCCAUAUAACCUGAGCCCAAUCCGCGACUUUCUGGAUGGUCUGGAAAAGCUCAACCCGCCGGGCUACGACGGUCGUCUAUUCGAGCAUUUCUACCCCAAGCAUACCCUGAAUCCAAGCGAGUGCCAAAAACUGCAAGCCGCGAACGAGCCAAUCCGUGAACUCUCCCAAGUAUCUUUCGGCUUCGAUCUCAAACCAGCCGGGCUCUCCGUCAAGGGCUACACAUUCCCAGCCUCGAAAUGCCAUGCCGCAGAGCAGGACCUGUACGCUGUCGUCCUUGGCUCUAUCGAAGAAUAUAUGGGUGACGCCGACAGCCAUAAGACACUCGCCUUAAUCAAGGAGUACAUCGAAACAACCGACGCAAGAGACAACUUCGGCUUCGUCUACUCAAACGACUGCAUUGCUCCGGAAAAGUCUCGCCACAAGUUAUACGGCCGGACCAAGGAUAUGUCCUGGGACAGGGUUCGUGAAAUCUGGACUCUGGACGGGCGUAUUGACUCGUCCGAGUCUAGAAAAGGUCUGGAAUACCUUCAUCGGCUGUGGGAACUACUCCGGAUUGGUGAUGCGCCUCAUCCGCUGGGUCUGCAUUUGGUGUGGAAUUAUGAAACGAAGGCUCAUCUCCCUGUGCCGGCUACGAAGAUUUAUUUCCCGCUUUAUGGUUGCAAAGAUCGGGACAAUGUGCGUGCUAUCGCCCAGUACCUCAAUGAAAUCGGGCUCGGUGGUGAUGGGAAUGUUUAUGAGGAAACUGUACGAGAGUAUUUCCCCGGGGUUGAGAUUAAUCAAUCAGAUCGCCUCAUUUGCUGGGUUUCGUUCGCCUACUCGGAGAAGACGGGGGUGUAUUUCAGCGUUUACUACCACUCUUCACUGGAGUACCAGACUUGA